AGCGAGCUUGUCCAGGCCUGUGGCGAGUGAAGCGAGCUUGUCCAGGCCGUUCGGAGUGUGGUGAGCUUGUCCAGGCCUGUGGCGAGUGAAGCGAGCUUGUCCAGCCACGGCGCGGCGCUGAUGAGCUCCCCGGCGUCCACAAUGGCGUGCACUGUGACGGCGCUACUCGACAAUCCCGUGUCACGCUUCCACCAGGUGGUGCACGCUACCGACAAGGCCAUGGAAACGAUACGAGAGGAUACAGAGCAUGAAUGGGACCCAGAGAAGGUGCAGAAGAAAUAUGGCGCGCUGCCUGGUGAGGUGCUAUGGAUCGAGUUGGAGAAGGGUAGCCACGGCCUGGGCCUCUCGCUAGCCGGCAACAAGGACCGCACACGCAUGUCCGUCUUCGUUUGCGGCCUCAAUCCUCAGGGGAACGCCUUCAAGGACGGGCGAAUCCGCACCGGCGACGAGAUUCUCGAG